AUUGUGUUAGCUAUAACAGUAUAAAUUAGAUUAGAUAUGGAGGAAUGAUUAAAUGCUGAUCAACCUCUCAGAACCCUUGAGGAUUGUCCUGCUGGGAAAAUCUGGAAGUGGGAAAAGCAGCUUGGCCAACACCAUAUUUGGAGAGACAGUGUUUGAGAUAGAUCAUACUGCAACCUCUGGAACAAGUCAGUGUACGAAAGCUACCAAAGUGGUGAAUAGAACAUCUGUUACUAUAAUUGACACUCCUGGUUUCUUUGACAAUCGCAGGUCUAAAGAGGAGCUGAAAAAUGAGAUUACAAGGUGUGUCGUAGAGUGUUCUCCUGGACCUCACGCUUUUCUUAUUUUACUAAAAAAGGAUAAAUACACAGAUCAAGAGAUUGAGGUUAUUACCAAUAUCAUAGAGUCUUUUUCUGAAGAAGCUUUCAGAUUUGCUGUGCUUGUCUUCACUCGUGGUGACGAUCUUCCUGAAGGAACGCAGAUUGAAGAGUUUUGCAGGGGCAACAACGGUCUACGUGAGUUGUUAGAGAGAUGUGGUGGGCGCUGCCAUGUCUUUGAUAACAAACACUGGAACAACAACCCACAGGAUGAAUACAGAAACAACCAACUGCAGAGGGAAAAGCUGCUCAACACAAUAACAGAGAUGGUGAGGAACAAUGGUGGAGGCUGUUACACAAAUGAGAUGCUGCAAGAAGAACCCUUGAGGAUUGUCCUGCUGGGAAAAUCUGGAAGUGGGAAAAGCAGCUUGGCCAACACCAUAUUUGGAGAGACAGUGUUUGAGAUAGAUCAUACUGCAACCUCUGGAACAAGUCAGUGUACGAAAGCUACCAAAGUGGUGAAUAGAACAUCUGUUACUAUAAUUGACACUCCUGGUUUCUUUGACAAUCGCAGGUCUAAAGAGGAGCUGAAAAAUGAGAUUACAAGGUGUGUCGUAGAGUGUUCUCCUGGACCUCACGCUUUUCUUAUUUUACUAAAAAAGGAUAAAUACACAGAUCAAGAGAUUGAGGUUAUUACCAAUAUCAUAGAGUCUUUUUCUGAAGAAGCUUUCAGAUUUGCUGUGCUUGUCUUCACUCGUGGUGACGAUCUUCCUGAAGGAACGCAGAUUGAAGAGUUUUGCAGGGGCAACAACGGUCUACGUGAGUUGUUAGAGAGAUGUGGUGGGCGCUGCCAUGUCUUUGAUAACAAACACUGGAACAACAACCCACAGGAUGAAUACAGAAACAACCAACUGCAGAGGGAAAAGCUGCUCAACACAAUAACAGAGAUGGUGAGGAACAAUGGUGGAGGCUGUUACACAAAUGAGAUGCUGCAAGAAGUGGAGAAGGCAAUACAACAACAGCAAGAGAGAAUUAGAUCAUCAUCUUCAGGAGACAUGCCAUGGGAAGAAAUCAGAGAGGAGGCAAAGAAGAGAGUCUACAAUGCUCUCAAGAUGGCUUCUGGUGUUACCACAGGGAUGUUGUUGGGAGCACUGCUUGGUGUGCCAAUGAUGAUUGCAGCUGUUAUUACACUACUGAAAACAGCAUUAAGCCCUGUAGUGGCAGGAGUGGUACAAGCAAAACUUGUAACUGGUGUUGGAUUGGGUGUGGUUGCAGGCCUUGCUGCUACUGCAGGAGCAAUAGGAGGAGGUUAUGUAGGAUAUCAUAAUGCUGAUAAAGCAGACUCAAUAAUGGAGGCAGUUAUGGACACAGCUGAGGCUCUUGGUGAACUAGCUGUAAAAGCAGGAAGAAGACUCAUAAACCCUGAAACAGAACAAAGCACACACCUGAUUAAAAGAGAUUAA